AUGAGCUCAUCAUUGAGGAGCUGCUUUGCAGCCCGGCCUCUGGCUCGCAUCUCGCAGGCGGUCGCAUCGCGGAACGGCAUCCAGAGCGUCCGAUGUCUCUCCCAGACAAGCGCACGAUGGGAGGAUUCAAAAGAUGCAAAGCCAGAACCACCCAAGGCGGUGCCUCCAAAGCCUCGAACCGAGUCGCUCCUCGACAGCAUCUACAGCAUUACUCAGGCGCCAAACAGCCGGUCCGCGCAGUCCAACCCCAUGGGAAGCCUCUCCCAAAGCAUGGUCUUCCAGGCCCUCAGCAAGUCCAACAUCGACACCAGCGUCCUGUCAGGCGGUCCCUCGCAGUCGGCGCAGAAGAAGGAGGAUGAGCUGGAGCCAUUCCAUUUCCACGUCUACUCGCACAAGCACAACACUCACAUUACAUGCACAAAGCCCAACCGGGAACCCAUCAUCUCCAUGUCAUGCGGCAACAUUGGCUUCAGGAAAUCACGGCGGGGCACCUUCGACUCGGCCUACUCGUUGACAAAAUACGUUUUGGAGCGAUUGAUUCACACGGGAUGGCCAAUGAAGAUCCAGCGCCUCGAGCUGGUUCUGCGAGGGUUCGGCCAGGGCAGAGAGGCUGCCGUCAAGGUGCUGAUGAGCCCGGAAGGCAAGGUGCUGCGGGACAAGAUUGUGCGGGUUGCGGAUUCCACAAGGAUCAAGUUUGCAGGAACAAGGAGCGAGAAGCCAAGACGCUUGUAG